CCAGCUACCCUGACCUCCUGCAGUGCCUGAAUGCUCCCGUGCUUUCUUCUAGCCAGUGCAUGAAAGCUUAUCCGGGGCAAAUCACGCAAAACAUGAUGUGUGUGGGAUUUCUGGAGGGCGGCAAAGACUCCUGCCAGGGAGACUCUGGCGGUCCCGUGGUCUGCAACGGGCAGCUCCAGGGAAUUGUCUCCUGGGGCAUUGGAUGUGCUCAGAAAGGCUACCCUGGAGUCUACACCAAAGUCUGCAACUACGUCUCGUGGAUUGAUAGCACGAUGAGAUCCAACUGAUCAAAAUCCAACAUAUUUUGAGAAGAUUCCCUCUCCUCUCUUUGCACGCAC